AUGCAGGGCUGGGUCCUAUCCUCUUUUGCCUUUGGCUACCUCACAACUCAGUUGGUAGGAGCAACAGCAGGGAGUAGCUUUGGAGGGAAGAAGGUGCUUCUGUUUGCUGUCCUUUUGUGGUCCUUGACCACAGUUGUCACGCCACUGGUGGCUUCUAACAUCUAUGUGCUCAUCUUGACGCGUAUCCUCCUUGGAUUGGGAGAGGGUUUGGGUUUACCCACAAUAUUCCACAUAUUUGCUCAUGGGAUUCCAGUGGAGGAGAGGUCACGUGCCUUUGGUUACCUGAUAGCUGCUGGUUCUGUUGGUCAAGUUGUUGCUUCACUGGUAACACCACACAUAGCAUGGGAACAAGCAUUUUACUUGUUUGGGUUUCUUGGGCUCUCUUGGGUAUUGCUUUGGGCCAUCUUCUAUGAAGACUCUCAUGCUCAGCCACUGGACCACAUUCCUUUUGUCCUACCCAAGGUGACUAAACUGAAUGUGCCUUGGACGGAAUUCCUCAUCCAUUGGCCUCUGUGGGCCAUCUAUAUAGCUCACUUUGCUAUGAAUUGGAGCAACUACAUCAUCAUGCAAUGGCUCCCUACCUAUCUCUCACGGGACCUUGGGGCCAACAUUACUAGCAUGAGCCUUACUGCUGUCCCAUACCUGGUCAAUUCUCUCGUGGGAGUUGUGGCAGGACAUUGGGCAGAUAAGUUGAUUUCUAACCGAUGGACAGUGUUAUCAGUGAGACGACUGAUGACUGCUGUGGGGCUCAUUGGCCCGGCAAUCUUUCUGCUAGCAUUCUGUGCAGUGGGAAACCUUGCUCUUGCUGUGAUGUUCAUUUCCAUAUCCAUGGGCCUGUGCGCCUGUAAUUCUGCGGGUCAUAUGAGCAACCACGUGGAUGUUGCUCCCAAUCACUCUGGGGUCACCUUUGCCGUAUCGAAUACCUUGGUGAGGAAUAUGGAAUUAGGGCUGUCAACGAUAGAUCGAUGCAUUGAUACCACUGUCGAUGGUUGA